UUCAUUUAUCAAGUAAUUGAGUCCGCAUGUAGUCUUGACCCAAGACGUGAGUGGUCGAUAGUGGCUAGUGUAUAGUGUACUACGCUUACUUGUAAAUCGCUUUAGCACGCCCUCCCACGGUAUGAUUUACCAACUCAUUUGCGAUUUACUCGAGAAAAGACUAGCCCACAUGCUGUUGCGUAUAGCUAUCGUCUGCUCUGAAUCAGAAAAACGCGGGAGUUUGACGGCUACACACAUCUCAGCAGGGGAAGGACCAUUACACAAUGUUAUAGACUCCAACCACGUAACAAUAUCGUCAUUUGAAGGGGUAAAAUCCUACGAGGCAAGUGGGUAUGUUGAAGUGAUCGGGACCGAAAGGAAUUUCGUGUAAGGAGAUUAACACGCGAGCUGUGUAUGUGGGGAGCGUGGUUAAUAUUACGCCACCCGAUUACGCAAAAAGAGGAUACCAUUAUUAUUUCUUGCAGCAUCAACGUGGAUAAUUGGAUAUUGUGAUUGAUGUACAAAAUAACAGCAGUGGAGAUCAACUUUCAAAACAUAUUCUUUAUCGUCAAGUUUGAGCUCCCCCACGGGAAGUGCCUGACUUUGAUCACCUGACUUGUUACGUGACACACCACCUUGCACCAUGUGUUGCUGCGCCAUUACGUGUGUCAAAUGUUUCCUCAUCCUGUUUGACAUUGUGUUCUUUUGUACUGGGGUGCUCCUUUUGGGCGUCGGCAUCCACGUUCUAGUGGGCGUGGUUAACGGAACCUACGCCUCGCUCAUCGGGGGUGUCUCCUACAUCUACAUCGCCUAUGCACUCCUCAUCAUUGCCUUUAUUAUCAUCCUGGUCGCUCUGGUUGGAUGCUGCGCUGGUGUCUCGGAAAACAAAUGUCUCUUAGUCACGUUCUAUUUCCUAGUGGUGUUCUGCAUCUGCCUCGAGGUGUCCAUCGUCAUAAUUGCCUUCGUUGGUCUCUGGUACGAAGAUGAUUAUGUGAAGGCGUACAUCUUGCAGGGGUCAAAGAAAGAAAUGGCCAACUACGGUCAUCCGGAGCGAGAGGGGUUCACCGCGGCGUGGGACAGAAUCCAGAUUGAUGAGCAAUGUUGUGGUGUCGAGGCGCCAUCCGAUUGGUACGAGUACGGCCGGUUCGACUCGGCAGACACGCCAGACAGCUGCUGCAGAGUGGUCUCAAAGGGAUGUGGAAUGGCUCUUGAUGAAAUCUGGAAGGAGAGUUGUGGAGAUGCUAUGGUGGGAACAGUGAACAGCGGCCUUUAUCUGAUAGGUGUCAUCUGCAUAGCAUGCAUUCUACUGCAGUUACUCCUCAUCAUUUUCAUCCUGGCCAUGUACUACAUUCUUAAGUUUGGGCACGGAAAGAACAGAUGCUGUGGGACUAGCUACUAUGACAUGGACUAGACUCGGACAUCCGUGAUUGACAGCCUAAGCGGCCAAUGGCAUCAGGUAGAUUGAUUUGUGGGAGGGGCUUACAGUGAUUGAAAUAAAUUCAACAAUUUUGUUUUUAUAAUUCCUUUCAAUUGACCAUGCCUUUAAAUUAUUACUACACUGAUCAGACAGCCAAUGACAAUUAUGGAGAUAUGUGGGCGGAGUUAAACUGAUUGACAACUGAGGCAGCCAAUGAAAAUGAAAACUGGUAAUAGAGUAGGCGGAGCCAAGUGUUUCAAUUUAGUGAUUGGUAGUUGAGCUGGGGAAUGAAAUCUUCGCAUCUCCGCAAUCAGGAGUGGUCUCCGAAGUUUUAUCUGCCUCCUUAAAGGCAAAGUCAGAUUUAUGUGGGAUUUUUAUAAUCAAAAAUGUAAAUUUUGAAUCAUGAUUUUUGUAUGUAAUUUGAAAUGGAUUUUAAAUGUUGUUUGAGCAACGACUACAAAUUUUUUUUAAACAUCUGUCCGGAUAUUUUACUUGCAUUGCUGAAAAUGUAAAAAAGUAAAGGGCUACAUAAAUUAUGUUAAAUAUUCCUUGAACUGGCCAGAUAUUCUUACUUUUUUUUCUAAAUUUGUUUUCCCCUGGAAGAAUCUGACAAAAUGUGAUUCAGUAACCUAAAGCGUAUACUAAACCAUGACAUUGUGAACAUGUUGGUAAACCUGAGCUUAUUUAUUGUUAUAAAAAAAAAAAUUAAUUCAAAGGACCAAAUCUGCCUGCCUAAAAUGAACAAAAUUUGUAGCACCGAAAAAACAGUAACUAGUAUUAACUCAACUGAUUCACCAUGCACUUUCUUAGGGUUUGUUUAACACUGAAAUAUUUUUAUGCAAACAUUUUAGGGCCACCGGUUUUUUUUCUUUUCUGUUUUUUUUUUUUUGGCAUAAUAUUUAAACUUUUGCGUACUAUUUAUUUUAACUGUAUGUUUGUACUUAAUUCUUUUAAACAAUUUUUAAAACUUUAAUCUAAAAGAAAAUAGAGUUGAGCGAUUGUAUUCAUCAGUCAUAGUUUAACAAAUGUAAGAAUGCAUUUCUAAAAUGUAAAUAGAUUCUUUCUUAGGUUGUGGACCCAUUCAUUCAUUCAUUCAUUCAUUUAUUAAUUUCACAGGUAAAAUUGCAAGGUACAAAGCACGAUAAAGAAAACAUACAUACACUUAUCAGGAUAGAAAACAAAAAAGUAGAACCCCUGAUGGAUUUCCAAAAAACAAAGAAUUAAUAUUUAAUCUCCUGAUGCCACCAUUUAAGAAACAGACAAGAGUUGUUAAAAAUUCUCAAGUUGUAUUCAAGUUUGGUAAAAACCCAGUGAAUAAAACAACAUAACUUGCAUACACGAACAUUCAUUUCAUGCGAAGAUUCGCAGUCAAAUCACACGUAAUCAUAUUACACAGUGAAUAAAACAACUUGGUAACAUGAUGCAAACAUGAUGUGCAUUCUGCAUGCACACGAUCGAAAGCACAAGCCGACAAACUACACCACCUCUGACCAAUCAAAACACAGAUAUGGAAAGCUUUACGUCACUGCGUUUAUCCAAUGGAAUCAUUGUAGUCAGUUAAAUCGUUGGGCCUGUAAUACCAGUGCCUGCAUUUAUGAUUGCGGAUAAAGACAGGGUACCAGUUAGCCUGAACAUCUGACGUCACACUUUGAGGCUCGUGAAUUACGCCAGGUCAAUCCCCGUCCAUAAUCACCUUUCACCUUCAUUCAAUGCAGACGACCGCAAGUGCACGCUGCCAAACGCCACCUCGGACCAAUCAAACACGUGUCCAAUGAAAUUAUUGUAUCCGAUGAAAUCACUGGUUCUGAAAAGCAAGUACCUCGUGUUUACGUUGGUGGCGCUGUUGCGGGAUGUAAACAAAGAUCAGAACAAAAACUAUACAUGUAAUGCAUUUGGUUUGCGGUAACACCAUGUUUGUGUCUACUCAUAGAGUGGUCUACUUGACAUUACAUGUAGAUUUGGUUCUUUAGAGAACUGUCUUGCUAUAUUCUACUAUACUGCGGAGUAGAUUUUCGGAAUUCGGGAGACAUCUCAGUUCUGAAAAUGAUAUACAAGGCCACCUGCAUGUCCGUCCUAGCGGUCUUGGAUGAGACCUGUGGGCCCGAGCGAUACCACCGUGGUUGCCACGAGUGGUUGGCUCCAUGGUUGGGGGUAAUGUGCCCGGGUGUGGUCUGCAUAGGCAAUCACAAGAAUGUGUUUGGCUUUUAGCUUAUUGAUUAGUACAUUAUGACCAACGCUUGUAAUCUGUGUAAUAAUGUUUGCCCUGACUGAUAAAUUGGGCAAGGCGGUAAAAAUACAAAUUGAAUAUUGAGGCAAAAUUUACAUCUGCAAACUUGCAAGCAGCGUUCAUCACACACGAACGUAAUUCCAAAAAUUAAUUACCAAUAACAACUUACUUAAAAAGUGAGAAGCACUGCAGCUGUUGAUGAUAAUGUGUACCUUUUUCAGAAAUAAUUGCCUUCUAAGGAAUGAAGUUUUAGGGAGAGGGAAGGAUUCAAAAACAUCGCAAUCUGAAAAACGUUUCUGUGUGAAACGUCUCCCAGAAAGCUAUCAUAAAGAACAGUUUUGUCCUUGUUCUAUGGUGAUUGACAAGGUGUAAAAAUUUGUUU